UCCCAUCAUAGCGCGCUGUGUGUGAGCAGGCUACCGAGCUGACGGGUCCUGCUGGCGGUGCCACGGUUUACAUGUUCCACGCAACGCCCAUCGCCUUUCUGCCAACACUCGCCGGCUUUCUGCUACCUGUGGAGCUCUCCACCGCUGCUGUAACUGCUGCUGAGACGUUCGUUCCUCGCCAGAGUCAAAUCUAGAAAGGCUACGAUUUUCCGAAAGGAAAUCCGUCUUUGAUCGGUUUGCUUGCCUCUGUUCCUGCCCACCGUGCGCCACACUCUGGCGGGGGUGUGCAAUGACAUCUCGGCGGGCAGGACCAGCCUAUCAGAAUGGGGAUUCACCUUCAUCCCAGCAUAAUCAAGCAGGUGGCCAAGGAAACCCUGCCAUUAAUCACUACAGGCCUAUAAAAAUCACAGCUGUGGGUGAUGGAAUGGUUGGAAAAACCUGUAUGCUUAUUACUUACAGCACCAAGCGUUUCCCAGUUGAAUAUGUGCCAACUGUGUUUGAUAAUUAUGCAGACAACAUAACCGUUGAUGGACAAGAAUUCAACAUGACAUUAUGGGACACAGCUGGACAGGAAGACUAUGAAAGACUUAGACCCCUGUCUUAUCCAAAUACGGACUGCUUCCUCCUUUGCUUCUCAAUCAACAGUCGAAGUUCUUUUGAGAAUAUUGCCUCAAAGUGGUAUCCUGAGGUGCACCAUCAUUGCCCUAAUGUGCCAAUAGUUUUAGUUGGCACUAAAAUGGACUUGCGGAAUGAAGUUGAAAACACAAUAUCAGUUACUGAAGCAAAGCAGAUGAAGAAGAGAAUCCGUGCCUAUCGGUACGUGGAAUGUUCAGCGAAAGACAGUGAGGGGCUUGAAGAAGUUUUCAUUGAGGCAAUCCAUGCAGUAAUGAAGAAACCUCCACCUUCCAAAAGGAUUUGUGCAAUAUUAUAGUGACUGUAUGCACUAAAACAAAGAGCAAUAUUUGGUAUCAGUGGAAUGCUUGUGAUUAACUUAUGUAUUUAAAACACAGCUCAGUGCACAUCAAAUGGAAUCUAUCAUUUCACUGUGAGCUGCUCAUGGACUAGUGGAAGUCAUAUAUAUAAUACAGAUAUUUGAUGUGCUAUUUCACCAGCUUGCAAAUGAAAGAAUGCUUUCCAGUUUUCACUGAUGUAUUAAUUAAACAUUUGAAUUAGAUCCACACAUUGACACGACUGUUGUGUGACAAAUUACAUAAUUUUUUGGAACAAGCUGGAAUGCAACUAUCAGUCUAAUGUGUUACAAAUUACAGACAUAAAAAUUACCACUGUAUAUAUAAAACAUAACUUAUUUAACUGAAACAAUACUUUCAAAAUUUUAUGUGAGGAAGAUACUUAAAUUAUGAUCUGAGAGCAUACUUCUCGAGUAUAUUUACUUUUUUAUGUCCUGUGAUUGACAAUAUAUCUUCAAUACUCAUCAGAUGUUCUCAGUAAAAAGUAUGGAAUAUGGACCAACUUGAUAGGCCAUUUUCAUGUGCUUUUGCUAUAAAGUUAUGUAUAUGCUGUUUCACAGAAAUGUGACAAGGGAGUAUACCUAGUCAUAAACCAAAGGAACUGCAAGUAUUCUGUGUGGAAGGGAAGAUGUAUUUUUGUAUGAAUAGUUUUAAAAUCUGGGCAAAUUAUAUGUACCUGUUAUGAUAAAGUCAGAAAAAAGCUGAUUUCAGUUAACUAAUAAAAAUGUUUUAGAAACAAAAAGUUAAGAUUCUCUUUUCCUCAUAAGAACUUUUUGUACAAGUAAUGUAAAUGUGCCUUACCAUAUAUCAUAUGAUUCACAUUACAAUAGAGAUAAGAUUUGUGUUACUUCAUUAUUUUAAAGUAAUACUUGUGUGAAAUUGUGGUAGGUAUACUCAUUGCUGCUCUACCACAUAACUUUAUAUAGUGACAACAUAUAAAAGUUAUCUUAGUCUGUUCAUUGGAACAACUCAGAAAAGUAAUGCAUCACUAUUCUGUACAUGAAAUUUCAGAAGAAUCCUAUGUUAUUUCCACAGAUUUGAAAUUGAGCAAGGUAAUUAAUGUCAAAAGUUGUUUAAAAGCUGUUUUUUCUUGUAAAUGUCUAAAAUCCUUUCUGUAAAGACCACCAUGUAAA